CUCCAACAUGUAUCACAAAUCACAUGUAUAAUUUUUAUAAUUAUUAAUUAUAACCUCACUUUUCUAAUUUUCAUUUGUAUGGCUGGGUACUGCUAGUGUUGCAUUUAUAAAUAAUGGACCAUAAAAAUUCCUCGGAACUAAACUUGGAGGACUAUGACAGUGACUCAAAUGAAGAUGAAGCGGUCAGUUCUAUAAAUGCCUGCCCCUUAGUCACGGAGAAGGAAAUUAACCGAAAAGAUGAUUCUUACAUUCUACAUUUAUCAGCGACAUCUGAUGCCAGCUGCAAUAUCCUUAUCGGCACAUCGAAUAAUUCUUGCGAGAUUUUUCGUUUAGGCGAAAACCGGCUCGCCAAAUUGGAGACUUUAGAAAAUUUUGAGCAUCCGAUCAUAGGAGUGCAAUUUAGUCCAGAAAGUAACGAUUUGAUGUAUAUUGCUACAUCUCUUGGUAAUAUUCAGCUGUGGGAUUUGAGAACGCCUCAAAAGUUUGUCGUUCAAUUCACAGAAAAGAAAGAAGAGGGCUCGUCAAAUGAUCUUAAAACAUUAGCUUGUUUUAAUGCAUCUGCGAAUAAUCGUCUCUUAACUGCAGGGACUGAACUUUAUAAGGGUGAAGCCUUUAUAUUGUUUUGGGAUAUUAGAAACACAACUUUGAUGGGUGGUUAUUGGGAAUCGCAUACUGAUGAUGUUACUCAAGUUGUCUUUGAUCCAAAUGAUGCUGAUAAAUUGAUGUCAGGUUCUGUAGAUGGCUUAAUUAAUGUGUACGAUGUUAAACAUACUAAUGAAGAUGAUGCUUUAAUGGAUUCAUUUAACACAGAAUCUUCGGUUGAACAAUUAUGCUGGUAUAGUAACAAGGGCAAAGAUUUUAUUAGUUGUAUUACUCACACUGCUGAUGUUCAGCUGUGGUCUCCUGACGAUGCAGAGCCUUAUGCACAUUUUCGAAGAAGUGAUAUUACCAAAGCAAUGAAGCGCAAAUCGGAAGCACAUUGCUAUGUAGCAGGUGCUCACAGGUUACUGGGGAACGAGCUACUUAUUUUAGCUGGUUCUAAUUGGAAUGAUGGAGAACACUUGAAAUGUAUGUCUACAAGUAACAAAAAACUGGAAUCAUUUGGUACAUUGAAAGAGAACAGGCAAAGGGUUCGAUGUAGUGUUUUUAAUCAAUACCACAAUCUACUUAUGACAGGAGGGGAACAAGGAAUAUUAAAUGUGUGGAAUGUAAAUCUGAAUGUAUAGACAAUAAAAGAUUGAUUUGCA